AUGUUGUUCAAUUUUUUUAUCUGCUUUGUAGCACUUUUAACGAAAUUAACAUUUGAAAAACAUACACCAUAUUCGAACGUUGCACCUUUAAUUGGUCACGUAAAUUAUAUCAUACCUACAUUAAAUUUCAUAAACAAUUUUGUUAUAAUUUCAAGUUUUAAUGGCAAUGUGGGCUUGCUAAAUUAUAAAACAGGUACACUGGAUUAUGUGAAAAAUCAUGGAGAAAAUGAGAAAAUAAAAAAACUAUAUGGAGAUGACAAUCAUGCAGCUGUGCUGAUUUAUAAAGGCUCUUUGGAAGAAAAUGAUGUAAUUGGAAAUCAUAAGAAUAAUGAGGAUUUCUAUUGUUAUGUUAAUGUGUACAAUACUGUUUAUUCCCACCUGUUGAGCUCUUUUGAGUAUAGGAACGAAAUAAUUAAUGAUUUUUUUAUUAAAGACGAUAAAAUAUUUAUGCAUCUUAAUAACAAAAUAGAUAUAGGAAAUAUAACCAAUAACAGAUUGUUUUCAUUAAAUUUCAAAGAACUAAAUGUGAACUGUAUUUAUUCGAAAAUUAUAGGAGAAAAUAAUUUGAAGAUCACUUUGUUUUAUGUAGAUGCAGAAUUUUGGGGACACAUAGUAAAUGUAAAUAUUUUAAAGAAGAGUAUUGAAAAUUCCAUUAAAAUUACUGAAUUUAAACUAAAUGAUAAAAUUGUUAAUUAUAUUAAUAUUGUCAAAAACAAAACUGUCCUAGUCAUAUAUAAUAAGGAAUUCCUUCAUUGGAUAGAAUUACUAAAUGAAGAAAAUAAAUAUCACUACGGAUUUGUACCAAUAGGUGAGUCAUCUGGAGAGGUGAAGGUCGAUAAGAAAGAACCCCAGGAUGAAAAGAGGCAUAUAGAAACGAGAGAGAACAAUGAACGUAUAACUGAACCAAUCUCAUCACAUGCAAUGGGAAAAUGUAAACUCUUUAGAGAUGAUGGUAUGGAGCAAUGGAACACGGAGAAUUACUUCAUUGUUCGCUUGCAGGAAACACAAUUUGUGUACAUGUAUAAUGAUAAUAAAAUGAAUUUAAUAAAAGAGAAAGAUAAGAACGAAAUCAUAGGGUACUAUAUGAAUCAGUAUAACGAAAAGGAUAUGAUAUUUGCAGAAGAUAAGGGCAACAAAAUAUUUAUUAAAAAAGCUGGUAGUGAAGGAGAACCCCCUCUAAAUGUUUUACACAAAAGUGAUAAUGUGUAUUAUAAGGGAGAAAUGAUAAUUGGGAUAUAUAAUAAGGAAGAAAAUUCAAAUUAUUAUUUUAGUGUAUAUAAUGAUGCAUCCCUCACUGUGUAUAAGAAUAAUGACGUGUGUUACUCGAGAGAAGAAUCGCUAGCAUAUAUAGAACAGUUGAAUUUUUACAAUUUUCAACAUUUGAAAAAAAAAAAAAAAAAAACGAAUCAUUCAUAUAAUACUAAACAAUUUGAUUUAAUGAAUGAGUUGGAUAGUUAUAUAAAAGAUAAAAUACAUUCAUUUAAUAAGCCAUUUCUGGAAGAUGUUGUAAAAAAAAAAGCAGAAAAUUCCUUAUUGCCAUUUAACUUUUUUUAUUUAUCAUAUGAGGACAAAAUGAAUUUGCUAAAUAUUUGUAUGGAAAAAAAGAAAAAAAAUGAUUCCCUAAUUAACUAUGGAAUGGAAGGGAAGGUUUCAUACAGUAAGGAUAGCCAGGGAAAUACGAACAGCAAAAAAGGGAAUGAACACAAAUCAAAUUUAAUGAAUAAUAUGAUUAAAGAUGCAUUUACAAAAUAUGAACAAAGUCAAAGUGGUAAGUAUGCAGGUAGUUCAUUAGCCCUUGUGUCCACAAGCAACAAUUUGAUAUUUGCCAUACAUCUUUAUACUGGUCUUAUACUAUAUAAAAUUGAUGGGAAUAAAUUUAAAGUUUCAAAGGAAAUAUUUUCUCCCAAAAUAUAUUAUGAAAGCCCAUUUAGUCUAAAUAAGGACAACUGGUCUGAAUUAGACAAUGGGAAGAAAUUAAUAUUUUUGAAUAAUCAAAAGGGGCAUGAUGCAACAGAGGGGAAGAAAAAUGAAAUUACAAAUGAAGGAAGUAGUAAGGAUGUUCUAAAUUACAGCAAUGAUGUGCACUUAUUUAAAAGUUUCACCAAAGAUACUGCAAUUGCAAUUUUUAAAAAUGACAAAAUUUCGCACAUAGUUAUAUUUGAUAUAUUAAGUGGAGAUAUUAUUUUUGAAAAGAAAAUCGAAUCCUUUGAAAUUAAAAAUUUUUUUAUUGACAGAAAAAACUCGUCCAUUUUGGCAAUGGACAAUUUUCUCAAUGUGAAGAUAAUUCCUCUUAUGAAGGGAAAAGGUGCAGAUGUAGAAAUAGCUGAUGGCGUAGAUGCCAUUCCUGGAUUGGAAAAUGAUUUAUUUUUUUAUCGCAUGAAUGAAUCGAACAGUUUGAUUGAAGGGUUCAAAUUAAUUAGUAGUUCUCCCAGAAAAAAAGAAGAAAAAGAAGGAGUGGAGUUAAUUCGAAUAUAUUCCAUAAAUUUAAAUAAUGAAAAACUUGAAGUUUUUUCAAAAUCGAUAACAAAGAAGGAUAUGUUUUAUCCAAUUAAAAUUAACAAGGACGCUUCCAUAUGCUACAAAUACGUGAGUGACAAUAUAAUAUCAUAUAUAACAAGCACGAACCAGAAGAAGAAUAUAAUAUACACUUUAUAUAUAAUUGAUGGCAUUACUGGUGAUCUUAUUUUUUCAAAAAUGUUGGACAAGCACACGAAUCCACCCUUUCACCUAAUGAUUAGUGAAAAUCAUGUUAUUUUAAACUAUUUUAAUGUAAACUUAAAAAAAUAUAUAAUUCAAAUCAUUGAAAUAUUGUUAGAUAAAAGAGAUCCAGGAUUUUUUAAUUUAAUAACGUCUAAAAAGGAAAAAAUUGUUGAUCUAUUUGAUCAAAAAAAGAAAAUCAUAGUAAAGGAAAAAAAUUACAUAAUUGAGCAUAAUAUAAAAUCUUUUAAUUUUACGGAAACGAAAAGAGGAAUAACAAAUAAACAAAUUUUACUUUUACUUGAGUCUAACAAAAUAACUUCGCUAAAUUUAGGCACUGAAAAAGAUCAAAAUGUGUACAAAAAUUUGAAUACAUUUAUUACACAAACAGAUAUUUUAUACAACUCAAAAGGAUUCAUAUCUAAUGAAAGUUUAUUAGAAUCUACUACGCUUGUAUUUUCGUGGGGAAAUUAUCUCUAUUUUACGUGUUAUCAGCCUAACGGGUCCUUUGAUACUAUUGAAAAUUUUAACUUACUCGUACUUUUGUUUUUAAUCAUUUUGGUGUUUAUUGGUACAUAUAUAUCUUACUUAAAAAGAAUAAACAAAACUUUGCAUUCUAAGUGGGCAUAA